UCGCAACUCGUAAGACCUCGACAUUGGUUCCCAAACUUUUUAGACUCUCCGCUACCUCGCAACCCUCCUAUGAUUCCCAGCAUGGAAUCAGACGUGCUGGAAUCGCCCACCAGCAAUACUAUGCUCAAAAAGUCUCGAUUCGCCAAACCUGCGUGGGCAGCGGCGCGUUCCACUUCGAAAGACACCGGAACAGAGGAUGGCCUUUUCUCGCGGUCGACGCGAGCUUACGAGGAAAUACUCGCCGAAGAAGAGGAGAUCAAAAGGGCAAAAGAGGAGCGAAAGCAGAGGAGACGCCACCGUGACAGCCCCUCGCGCGACAGCCCGAAGCGUCGUCGCCUAAGCCGCGAGGACGAUGACUCCUCUGCACCUGUUGAAGCGCAAAGAUCCCCGGCAGACAAAAGUCUUGAUCGUGAAACCGAGCGCUCACACUCUACUAGGACGGCUGAUUAUGGAACCAUUCACAUCGAUUCCAUUACCUCCGCUGAUAAACGGUUUUCGGCACCAGGAACAACGGGCGAGGAAUCUCGAAGGGAUGCUGCAAUAGAACGGAAAAUCAGGAGCACGGUAAAUACGGACGACGAGGACGACGAGUCGGAUGAGGACCUACAACUGCUCAUUGAAGCGGCUCGUCAACAGCGACUGUCAAAGGAGCAGGCGAACUCUCUACCAGCAGUGCCUCCGCCCACUGUCACGAGCAAGGCGUCAUCGGAUGAUAAAGUUGGUGGUGCGAGCACUACCGCUUUGGACGGCCGGCCCAACUAUAUCGUCGAAAUUCUCAUUACAUCAAAGCUGCCUGGGACACAGCCCGUUGUCAUCACUAGAAAGCUUUCUCAGCGCCUCAAAGAAGUACACGCGGCAUAUUGCGAUGCCAUGGGGUUCACCCCCGAAAUGUUCCGCCGAGUGUUCCUCACAUGGCGCAACCAGAAGAUAUGGGGCUUUCAAACGUGCGAGGCGCUGGGCUUGGACCUACCCCCUAUCGACGCCGACUCUAUGGAUGAAACGGGGGUGGGAACCGUACAGAUCUCGAUGGAGAUGGUCACCCCGGAGAUUUUCGAGGCCAACAAACAAGCCGCCGAACUCAGCUUCCUGCAGGAACCCACGGAGAGGAGCAGGGAAACGCGGAGUAGCGAGCCGGUUGAAGCGGAGCAAGCGGACUCAUCGAAAAUCAGGGUCAUCCUAAGAGCGAAGGAUUACGGAGAAUUGAAGAUUGCUGUGAAACCGGACACAACGAUUCUCUCCAUGAUCCACGCGUACCGCAAAAGGUGCAACGUCCAGUCCGAGAAGGCGGUUAAAUUGAUGUUCGAUGGCGAGGAGCUAGGCGAGGAUCAAUCAGUCGCCGAUUCAGACAUCGGUGACAUGGAACUCAUUGAAGUCCAUGUCAAGUAGCCCUUCCGAUGCGCCACAAUUCGAAUUAUCAUCCAAUCUUCAACAAAGGGCGAUAAGGCCGUCUGUUGCUGGUCUGACCAAGGCUCCCGCAGCCCUAGGUCCAUAAUCUCAUGGAAAAUCCCAAAGGGAUCGAAUCUCCGACUCAUUCCUUCGAAGCUGACUACUUCCUGGUUAGCGAGAUAGUAUGGCUUCAACAUCCAAAGAUGUCGCUAAAAGGUAUCAUGGCCCCCAAUCGAUCCGAUUUCCAUCACCCUAAGAGCUUUUACCAGUGUUGCACUGAACUAACCAAGAUUAUGUUAGGCGGCGUACGUAGUAUCCUUACACAUGCGGUCUCCGGUUUGCUGUGUCGGAC